AUGGGUGCCCCUGGUCUCAGACCCUUUCCUCAGCUGGCAGCGCCACACCUGGUGCCAGGGGUGGCUUAUCCGACACAUCAAGCGUUACCCCAGCCUGUGCUGCCACUUCCCCAAACACCACAACAGCCACUUCCACAAGCAUCCCAACCGCCGCUCCCCCAAACACCACAACCACCGCUCCCCCAAACACCUCAACCGCCACUUCCCCAAACACCACAACCGCCCAUCCCCCAAACACCACAACCGCCGCUCCCCCAAACACCACAACCGCCGCUCCCCCAAACACAACCGCCGCUCCCACAAACACCACAACCGCCACCUCCACAAACACCCCAACCCCCACCACCCCAAGCACCUCAACCGCAAGCCUCUAGUGCCAAAGAUUGCACAGAGGGCGCCGCCAACGGGGAACGGCCAAAGCGCUCAUUCGAUACCGUUAACGAGGCGCAAAGGCGUGCAGAGGAAGCCCGGCGCAAGAUGGAGGAGGAGCAGCGACGAGCCAAGGAGGCCGGUGCAGGCGAGUCCAGACCACCGCCUACGGAGGAGGACCUCUUGCAGUUCCAGGUCUGGCUGUCGCGCUUUCCUUCCUUGGACUCCAAAGCUCACAACGCCUUGGAAAGCUUAGAUCCGCGGGAUGCGGUGAAAGCCUUGCAAGAGCUCGACCAAAAGCCGGGCAUUCGGAAUCCCUCCGCUUGGGUGUGUAAAACCGCCCAAAAUGUUCGUGAAAGGACUGGUGGCAAAGCUCCGCCAAACAGCGAGGAAAAGUCUGCAGACAAAAAGGAUCUGGACAUCGUCGACCACUAUGGAGCGUUGGAGGUGGCCGAAGAUGCAGAUGAGAAAGACAUCAAGAAAGCCUACAGGAAGCUGGUUCUGAAGUGGCACCCGGACAAACAUCCUGAAGGCCGAGAAGAAGCGGAGGAGAAGAUCAGGGCCAUUAACAAUGCCUACGAAACGCUGAGCAAUGCCACAAAACGUGCCACAUACGAUGCUCAGCGGCAAGCAUUGCUGCGGCAGCGCAGUGGCCAUGGUCCUACCGAUAUCCAGGGUGCACCGCGGCAACGCAUCCCGCGAGAGUUCAUGCUGCAGCCCAUCGGGUAUCCAGACAAGUUCGUCCGCUAUGCCUCUGAACGCGCUAUGUCACAAUGUGAGGUGACAAGCCGUGCAGAUGCCCGGCUGGAUGGAAAGAGUGGCCUGGAUCAGUUUGUACCCUUCUUCCGAGCCGCCAAACUUUCUCUUUGGUGGCUGCCGGAUGUGAACAACAUGUGUCGCAUCCGAGCCCUCGAAGCUCGAACACGCUCCAGUGCCGGAGAGAAGGUAGUGGCCGGUCGACCGGGUGGAUUCAAUUUAGGCUUCGAAAUUGAAGUCGGUCGUGACAGCGACUUGAAACUCAUGGAGGCAGGGAAAGGUGAGCUGAACGAGAAUGUGAACUUCAUUGUGGUGUCCAGCCCUCUCUACGACAACGCUUUCCGUUUUGAGGCGGCUUUCCGGAAAGGCUACUUCUUGGCCUUUCGCCCCCCCACCUCCUUGAGGAUGAUUCCGUACCAUGGCGGACCACUUCCCAAGAAGGUGGUGAUUGACUUCACCCUGGUGGAUUUCCAAGCGAUGUUCAAAUUCAUUGACAUCGAGGAGGUCCUGCGGCCGGUGAUUGAAGCGAAGGGCGGCUGGGUGCCCUUGGUGGACGUGAAGACGGACGCCAACGUCACGGCAUACUUCGGCAACAUCUUGCAGAAGCCUAUGUGGGAUGAUGACGACUUUCAGACCUAUUUCGAGGGCCAUUUCGAGAUGUGGGAGUUCAGGUCUCAACCAUCGCCUGCAGUGAGGUUGCGUGGUGUGGACGAGCGCUUAGGGCACGCCUUGGAGCGAGUGAAGGGUGCUGAUGAAGCGGCCUCUCUUAUCAUGACGGCGGGAGAAGAGCUGAAAGGUCUCAAUUGGCGCUACUUACUCCCAGCCUUCGAAGCCUUACGGAAACCCGGCAGCGAAGAGAUUUCUGCCGUCGUGGAAAGAAUGGAGGCGCAACGACGAAUCUUGGGAGCAACGGCUGGCAUGCUGAGCAUCCAGGUGGAGUUCUCUCAGUUGGUGCGUUUCGCGCGGCUUCUGCAAACACCGGGCAGUUCCAAAGACGUGGCCCAAAGGAUGGAAACAGAAGCAGCGGCCUUGAGCAAAAUUGUCCUGGCCCGAGGGAAGGCCGUGGACAGCGGGCAGCUGGCAGAUGUGGUCAAGUUGAGUGAUCUGAAGCCCAUCCUGUCACUCCCCGGCAUGUCUACCAGCGACACCGACGUCUUGGCAAGGAUAACAUCUCCUCCAUUGUCAGAGGCGAGCUUGGAACAGCUACUGAGCGUGAUAUCCCUGGCCAGCGCGGCCAACGCAACGGCCUUUGCACGGGAGGUGGGUCAGUUGGCCUUCCACAAAGUGAGUCGUUUCGGAAGCUCCGCAAAAGAUGUCACCAACACUGUGGUCGCCCUGGCCAACGGGGGCCUCUUGUUGGAUUCCUGUACCGCUUUGGUCGCGCAGCAUGCGGCCAUGAUGAAGCACGAGGAUCUUGCUAUGGCCCUGGCGGCCAUUGGUGACAAGGGCUACGAAGGUCCCGAACUCGAAGCCGCCUGCAAAGCCCUGGGAGGCAGCUGCGCCUUGGCCUCCCUGCCUUCGCAGCGGCUGCUGGCCUUGGCCGUGAGCGCCACGAAGAGCUGCGCCAUGAGCGUGCUCAGCGGCCAGGUGCUCGAAGCAGCGGUGGAGGUCCUGGGCACUUGGCCCCCACAAGAGGCUAUUCGCUUGCUCUUGGCCUUGGCCAAGCCACGAAGUCGUCCCGGGGAGGCUUCUGCCGAAGGGCCCAACCCCCUCUGGGCCAAAUUGCUUCAGAAGGCUGCCAGUGUUGUCCGGCCGGUGCUGGGUGAGCUGCCACCGGCGGAGCUGAUUCGCUUGGCGCUGGCGGCCAAGAGCCAUGCAGCUCAGGGCAAGGACCUGUUGGAAGUCGUAGCCUCGGAGGCGCUGAAACGUCUCUCCGAACUCCCGCAGGCGCACUUGCUGCUGAUGACGCAGGGCUUGAUCGCCCUGGGCGGAGCGCAUCCCUCGGUGCGGCAGAUCUGUGGCUACUGGGGAGAGGUGCUCGCUGAAGAUGCUAAGACUGGUGAUGUUGUGUCGUCGCGACGGGAACAGCUGGAGCGAGGGCAAGGUUUGAACGGUGAACAGGUCGCCAAGCUGGGGCAAAUCCUGGAGCCCAUUGCUUCAGCGCUGGAUUCCGAGACCUUUGCACGCUGCUUCGGUGGAAUGGCCAAGCGCCUGCAACGUCUCAGCAGGAGUCUUUCCAACGCCACGCGCUCUUCUCUCUUAGAUCAAGUGCGCAGGGGCGAAGGAGUUGGGUUCUGGGAGCCUGGUCGAUCCAAGCUCAAACAAGCUUUGGAUAAGUCAAGGAGCCGGAGCAGAAGUCGCAGCCGCAGCCGGAAGAGAGGACGCCGGCGCAGCACGUCUUCAUCCAGGUGACGAACCGGCGCUGUCAUC